AUGGAUCGUGACAUUGCUGACCAGCAUCUCAGUGUCAUAAGAAAUCCAUCUGGGUGGGAAAUAGGUCUCUAUAUUACUGGUGCUCUUGCUCUUCUGGGAAUAGCUGGAGUAAAUCUAUGGAAGUUAUGGAAAUCGGGUGGCUAUCCUGCACCUUCUCCAUUUCCAAACUAUGACUACAGAUACCUAGAACAAAAGUAUGGGUCCACCUAUUCUCAAAUCAAACAAAAGAAGGCAACAAGCAACUUUCGAAAGCCAGGAGAAAGAAUAUCUCCUGUCUGCAAGCAAAGCUUGAAAAUGGAUGAUGCCUUUGAAAAUAUUAACGAGUUAGGCACCUUGGAGCUGAUGAACAAAGACCUCGAGCUGACUCCUUACGGGCCAUUGAAAAAAUCAAUCUCCACUGACUCUCUAACUUCUGUCUCCUCCAUUGGAAAUAACUUUGGCCAGGAAUUCACAGUGGGACAAAUCGAAGUUAACAUGGAAUACAAUGUGAAUUCGAAUACCCUGCAUAUCACAUUGCUGCAGGGAAAAGAUCUGAUGGAGAAGGAAGAUGUUAAUUUUGAAUCCUGUUUUGUGCGCAUCAGUUUACUUCCAGAUGAGCAGAUUGUUGGCAUUUCUAGGAUCCAAAGAAGUGCUUACUCCGUCUUCUUUGAUGAGAAGUUUUCCAUUCCCUUGGAUCCUUCUAUGUUGGAGGAAAACAGCUUGAGAUUCUCUGUUUUUGGCAUUGAUGAGGAUGAGAGAAAUAUCAGUACUGGUGUGGCUGAGCUGAAGUUGUCCGAUUUGGGUAUCUUUGUCCGGCCUUUCAACGCCUGGCUUUAUCUGCAGGACAUGAAUAAGGCAACUGAUUCGGUGGGUGAAAUCCUGCUGUGUCUUAGCUAUUUACCCACAGCAGAGCGAUUGACUGUAGUUGUGGUUAAAGCCAAGAAUCUUGUGUGGACUAAUGGAAAAAUGACUGCAGAUCCUUUUGUCAAAGUGUAUUUGCUGCAAGAUGGGAGGAAGAUCAGCAAGAAAAAAACGGCAGUAAAGAGAGAUGAGACAAAUCCAGUGUUUAAUGAGGCCAUGAUUUUUUCAGUGCCAGCAAUUGUCCUGCAGGAACUCUCUCUUCGGGUGACGGUCGCAGAAUGCUGUGAAGAUGGGAGGGCUGAAAAUAUUGGCCAUGUUGUCAUAGGCCCAGCUGCAGGAGGCAUGGGCAUCACUCACUGGAAUCAAAUGUUGGCUACCUUGAGGAAACCUAUAUCCAUGUGGCACCCACUUCGACAAAGCUAAGGGCAUACCUGCAUUUCAUUGAAAAUAAUCCAACACGGUGCUUAAAUAACCCCAGGAGGCCAAUGCUGUUGGAACAAUGAAUUUGUGAGACUAUAAGAGUUAAAAAAA